GGCCGGGUGGCUAUGGAUCGCGACGACGGCGUGGGCGCCGUGGACAACAUCGUCACUCAGUUCAGCACCUACGAGGACUUCCUCGACUCGCAGAUCACGACCGUGGACCUGUACUACCUGGAGGAUGAAAGCCUGGCCCGCCAGUUGGUGGAGCUAGGCUACCGAGGGACUGGAGAGGUGGUGAAAAGGGAAGACUUUGAAGCAAGGAAGGCAGCGAUAGAGAUCGCAAGGCUGGCUGAAAGAACUCAGAAAAAGACAUUAACAAGUGCCGGUAAAGACCUGCAAGAUAAUUUUCUGAAGGCACUGGCAGUGAGAGAAGAAGACAAUCGCAACGGAAAAGUGAGCACUGUGAUCUUUAUUCGUGACAAAAAUCCUCAUGGGCAGGAGAUAUCAGGAUACAUUGACUAUGCCCACAGGCUAAAGAUUGAAGAUUUUGAAGUCUACUUUAGUGGAAAAAGAAGACUUCUUCCCAAACCCACAGAUUUGAGCUUUUACAACUGGGAUAGUCAUAUUGCUGUUUGGAAUUCAACUCCCAAUUAUCAAGUGAUUGCUGAUAACCCAGAAGGCUUACUUUUCAAAUACAAAAGAGACAGAAAAAUUCUUAAUGUGGAUCCAAAGUCUUCCCCAGGUGACAACUCUACUAGAACCCCUAUCCAGACAGAACUCUACAUUCAAGUUGUCCUUUUUGACCACAUUUCCAGAAGAAAGACUUAACUACCAACACGUUACAUGGUCCCCUAAUGACUUGCUAAAUUUGAAUGAAUUCUGUAACCAGAAACAACUUAGAAAAUAAAUGAGUCCUGUAGCUAGGAGGCAAGCUGGAAUAAUAAAAGUUGAUAAAGAAA